CGAUUUAGGGCAGGGGAGCAAAUACUUUUGGCAGUAUAGCAUAUAUUAGCAAGUAAAGCCGAUUUUAUUGCUCUUUUAAUUAAAGGCAGGGUGGAACAUACAAACUAAGUUAAUGUUUCCAGCCGAGCAUUUCUUUAGACAUAAACGAUGUAAAGCGCUGCAGCCAAAUCAAGCUAACGGGGCGCUUUUUAGAAUGCUAACAUGAUGCUGAGCCCAUCGGCCGAGUCGCCAGGAGACAGAAACUCCCUGUACAGUCAGGCUCAAAGCAACAGACAUAAAAGCUGGGACAAAACCAGUCCUAUCAGCGUGAUACUGGUUAGCUCUGGGAGCAGAGGGAACAAGCUUCUGUUCCGGUAUCCCUUUCAAAGAGCCGACGAAUGUCCGUCUUCUCUCUCAGCAAAGCAACGUAAUCCAUAUGCACUGAGCACAACUGGGGAUGUUCUUGAGGAUCAGGAUGGUGACUCGAGGGAGCAAUGUCCACUAACUGAUGAACAGUUGGUAGCAGGGUUUUCUGAUAGCAUCCUGGCCACCAUCCUGGCCACCAAGUCUGACAUGUGUGGAAAGAAGUUUGAACUGAAGAUAGACAAUGUUCGAUUCGUGGGUCACCCUACUCUUCUGCAGCAUUCGCCCCUCAUCCAGGUUUCCAAAACAGAUCCUUCACCGAAGAGAGAAAUGCCUACGAUGAUCUUGUUUAAUGUGGUUUUUGCACUGCGGGCCAACGCUGACCCGUCUGUGAUCAGCUGCAUGCACAACCUGUCUCGGCGCAUCGCUAUAGCCCUUCAGCACGAGGAGCGCCGCUGCCAGUACUUGACCAGAGAAGCCAAGCUGAUGCUGGCCGUGCAAGACGAGAUCACCACUGUUACCGAAACAGAUGGAGCCCCACAGUCACCCUUUAGGCAGAUCCUCCCUAAAUGUAAGCUAGCCAGGGACCUGAAUGAGGCAUACGACAGCCUGUGUACGACCGGUGUCGUACGCUUACAUAUUAACAACUGGCUGGAGGUCAGCUUCUGCUUGCCUCAUAAGAUCCACAGGGUUGGUGGUAACUAUAUCCCCCCGGAGGCAUUGGAGCGCAGUCUGAAGGCCAUCAGGCCCUAUCAUGCCCUGCUGCUGCUAGAAAGCGAGAAGGCACUGCUGGGCCAGCUUCCUCUGGACUGCUCGCCUGCAAUGGUGCGCCUGAUAAAGACCUGCUCAGCGGUGAAAAACCUGCAGCAGCUGGCCCAGGACGCUGACCUGGCCUUACUGCAGAUCUUCCAAAUAGCUGCUCACUUGGUCUAUUGGGGCAAGGCAAUCAUCAUUUUUCCUCUGUGUGAGAACAACGUCUAUAUGCUGUCUCCCCACGCCAACAUCUCUCUGUACUCCCCUCUGGCCGAGCAGUUUGCUCUGCAGUUUUCUGGCCACGAUUUACCCUCCAUGCUGGCCAAGUUCUCUCUACCGGUCUCACUGGCAGAAUUUAGAAACCCCCUGGAAGCUCCCGCACAGGAGGCCCAGCUUAUCCAGAUGGUGGUGUGGAUGCUCCAGCGCCGCCUGCUCAUCCAGCUACACACUUAUGUUUGCCUUUUAAUACCACCCAGUGAAGAAGAGCCUGCACACAAGGAAGAAGAACUUCCGCUGGCUGCUCGAGUUGGAGGCCGCAGUCUCAGCACCCCAAGCGCUCUUAGUUUUGGUUCUCCAACCAGUAGUGACGAUAUGACCCUAACCAGUCCCAGUAUGGAGAAUUCCAGCGCUGAGCUGAUGCCCGGCGGAGACUCUCCUUUGAAUAAAAGGAUGACAGAGACGCUCCUCACAAGCCUGUCGGAGCAUGAACGGCAGGUUAUACUGAACAUCCCGGCUGCGCAAAAUCCAGAGGAUCUGCGAAUGUUUGCCAGGCUGCUGCACUACUUUCGGGGACAUCACCACCUGGAAGAAAUCAUGUACAACGAGAACAUGAGGCGAUCGCAGCUCAAGACGCUGUUCGACAAGUUCCGCAGCGUCCUUAUUGUGACGAACCACGAAGAUCCCAUCAUUUCCAUCUUCCAGUCACCCAUGGAGCAGACUGUAUGAGCGCCCACCAACUAGAAAUUACGACAGCAGUUCGCUCAGGACCCGAGGAGGGUUUACGGCAGACUGACACGGCGGCAUUAAUGUGUGAAGAGUUACGAAAUGUAGAGUAUUUUUUAUCUCUGAGCCAAACCUUUGUUUACGAUAUUUAAUUAUUUUAUACAUGCCAGACAUGCCUUAUGGGUUCACUGUGAAUAGUGGAAGGACUGGCGUACUGGGAGUCUGACACGACCUCUCAAACUCAGACAAAAACGUUCUGUGCCGGUUUCAUAAGUGCACAGCGAGCACUGAUCGUUCCAGGCCUCCAGCUACCUCUCUUUAGGAAUCCCAAAGGUGGAGAUGGAGAGACUGCAGAGAGAAAAAAAAGAAAAGAAAGAAACAGAGUCCAAACAUCAAACAGCUUGUUUUUUCACACAAGCUCAGGUUUGAAGGAAACUGAGCUUUCCAAACAUCUGUCAGGAUCAGAGAGGAACAUUUCCCACGUGCGAAUGCUUAUUGAACGAACAGAUGGGAGCUAUAUGAGACAGACUACUAUAUGUACAAUAUUCCUUUAUAAUAAAAUCUGUCAGGUCUAAUCUUCUACCUUACUGUACAACUUUGCUUCAAUAAACUGCAUCUACAAGAACAUGGAAAAUAAAAGUUUUUACUGUCUAAAAUUUUAAA